UCAACUCUGGGGAGUGGGGACAAUGCCAGAAAUAGAGAGCAGCGACCAGAAUGGCGGGGUUGCAAUUAUACGUUAACGAUAGCCAGGCUAGUGUCGAUUAAAGAAAAUUAAUAUAGGUAGAAAUAAAAUAUUUGGUGGUGAUGAGUGAUGAGGUCAGUCCUUACAUCUACCUAUUUAUGGAGACAUUGCAGACAAUCAUAUGGCAUCCUAAGGGCCAUUUGUAGAUCUCGCAAUCCUAACAAACCUAUCAUCUUUUCUUUACUGCUAGCUACUAAUAAAUUAUUUUCAUUUCUUUAUUACAUGUACAUAUAUACGUAUAUAUCACCUGUAGAAAAAAGAGAGAGAACUUCCACAGUUGAUCAAGAAGAUAUACUACUGUGUGAGAAAUGUUUUCUUUACAAGGAUGUAGUGACAAUGACUUAUUGAUUCAAAUUCUCUCAAAUCCAUGUCAACAAAGCAAGAUCUCACAGGAUCAAGUUAUGGAUUAUGCUUCUCUGGAGGCCAUACAUACGCAUCCUCCAAAUAUUAAUGCCCAGAAAAAGAGACAACCCAAAAGAAAAAUAGGUAAUGAUGAAAAUGCUUCUGAUGAUUUCAAGCUUAGGAGAAUUAUACAUAGAGAUAUAGAACGUCAAAGAAGACAAGAAAUGUCUGCUCUCUAUUCUUCUCUCCGUUCUCUCCUUCCUCUACAAUAUAUCAAGGGAAAGCGUUCGGUAUCGGACCAUAUGCAUGAAGCUGUGAAUUAUAUAAAAGAAAUGCAGGCAAACAUCAAAGAACUGGAGAAACGGAAAGACCUACUAGUUAAGUCGUCGCCGCUACCAAAUUCAAUUCGACGUGAAACUGAAAAUGGUAGCACAAAUAGCUUCAUAGAUUGUACUGUCACAGUGAGCCCCUGUCAUUGUGGUAUACAGAUCUCACUCAGCGUAGACUGUAAGGGGAAAUGUUUUCCUCUUUCAAAAUUGUUGCGGGAGCUUCUGAAACAAGGACUUAAUGUUGUUAAUUGUGUUUCUGCAAAUGCCAAUCAAAGGUCACUUUACACAAUUCAGACCGAGGCGUGUGAUAUGAACAACGUCGAUCACUUGGCACUGCAACAAAAAGUGACUGAUAUGGCCAACUCGAAGGACUUGUAGUUCCCGACUUAACAGUAAUAACAUACCAUGAAGAUGCUUUCUACCAGCUUUUACCAUGAGGCAGAUGGUAUAAAGUCAAAAUUAAGUAAUAAAAAAGAACUUUGGGUAUAAGGAUGUUUGGUUUGUAGAAAAUGCCGUGUUGCAGCUUUCCAUUAAUGGUCCGGGUGGUGUUUCCAUGUAUAUAAAGCAAUGAGUAAGAAAAACAAAAAACAAAAAGAUUUUCUGCUUUUCUAC